UUAUUCUCAUUGACAAGCCUAGCUGAUCAAUCGCAGUCGAAUUUUAACUUAAUGCCACCGAAGAGGUUUACUGUUGCUUCUUUGAAAGAAGAUUUCUCAAGCCAAUGGAAUCAUGAGCAUUUGUGACGGAAUUCCUGCUGAGUGCUAUCCCAUCUCCCAGCUGGAAGGACAGAUUUAAGAUCAAAUCUGCACCUAGGUUGUACCUUUAUCUAGGUGAAUGUUAUAGAUGUACACUGAUGUCUACCUGGACAGCUCCGCAGCUCCAUCACAUGCAUGCUGCUUCAGGUGUGAAGAUGCUGUGAUUGAACACUGAGGGGACAGCUUGGUGAUGCUUCCACUUUCACACUACCUUAUGCCAUUGUACUUGUUUGGAGAUUCUGUUAUUGGACAUUGAGAAGAACGGCUCUAUUACUAAUACACAACACUACACUAAAUGAUUGUAGAGUGAAGAUACUGUGAUUGAACAGUGAAAUGAACAACUCUACCGCAAGAACCACACUACGUGAUCAUUGUGUGAAGAUACUGUGAAAAGAGCAACUCUACCAAACUCAACACUACAUGGUCGUAGUGUGAAGAUACUGUGAUUGAACAUUGAGAAGAAUAGCUCUACCACAAACAUCACACUACAUGGUCGUAGUGUGAAGAUACUGUGAUUGAACAUUGAGUAGGACAACUCUAAACAAACAUUACACUACAUGGUCGUAGUGUGAAGAUACUGAGAUUGAACAUUGAGUAGGACAACUCUAAAACAAACAGCACACUGCUCUCUGUCAUGAUCAUUGUGUGAAGAUUAUACUGUGACUGAACAUUCUUUGAGACAGCUCUACCACAAACACCCUACGGCUGUGUGUCAUGAUCAUAGUGAGAAGAUGGACUGUCUGAUGUACAGCUAUGAUAAACUCUACUCCACUAUCCGGUUCCCACACCCCUGCUACUUGCCGUCCGACACAGACUCAGGGUCCGGAAAGUCACUACCAAUUCACUGUCUAGUGGAACAGAUAUCAGGUGUGCCGUCUUUUACUGGGGUGACAAGUUCCACAUGCACCGGGAGUCAGGUUGAGCUGGAUAGCUAUGCCAUCCUGCCCUGCUCAACACUGCUGGGUGAUCUGGUCCGCACUGCACUACUCAAGCUUGGCUACUCUGCUACAGAUGCCAUGAAUGCAAAAGGUGCCAUUCAGAUCAAGAACUGGAAACCACUAACAUUUGAUGCCAUUACCGACGGUCCCCAGUCCACUGUGGAUGAUAUUCUCAGUGAACUCACAAAUGUUGCCACUCUCAGAAUUCGCUUAGCAAGUCCACCCAAAGCAAGCACGGCCGAGGAAAUAAAAGAUAAGCUCCUGCAGCUCCUGCUGUCUCACUCACAGGGGCUGCUAAAUGAGGCGGGAUGCCCCAUCGAGAAGACACUACUGUCGUCACUGUCCCGUGGCGAGAAACCUGACAGCCUAUCAGAUGAAGUACUGAGUGCAUUUGACAAGUGGUACCGGGACCAGUUGACGAGAAGGCAGCGCCCGCCUCCAUUGAUGCAGCAACAGCAACAGCAACAGCAGCAGCAGCAGCAGCAGAAGUCUGUUGACAGUGACAAGUUGAUGGAGCCAGUCAAACCGGCCAGUCCCGUCAUCCCAUCAUCCGAGUCCAAGGAGAACCAUACAACGUCACCGCUGUUCAAUCACUGCCGGACACGCAUCCGCACAUCGUUUGACCCGGAACACGAGAUCCCGAGGCUUCAGAAGUGGUUCCAGGACAACCAGCAUCCAUCAAGGGAGCAGAUGAUUCAGUACAUGAAUGAACUCAACUCCCUAGAUUCAAGGAAGGGCAGGAGACCCCUUGACCUUACCAACAUCAUUUAUUGGUUCAAGAAUGCCCGAGCUGCUCAGAGAAGGGCGUCAAAAGCUAUGGAUGAUUCUUUUGAGAAUGAGGAAAACGGUGAUGUGGCUCCCUCAAGUAUCCCCUAUCUUCCAAAUAAAAAUGCUGUGUAUAUGAUUCCGUUUCCUUUCAAUUCCCACAUCAUGCCCUCAGAUGGACAAGCCGAUGAACCCUGUGACCUCUCGGUUGCUAAGAAACGAGAGGAAGAGGUCCCAGAACCCCAGGAGAAAUCACAGCCAGUACAAGACAGUAUUGUACCAAUGAAGUCGUUCAAUGGUAAUAACAUGAAUAUGGCACACAGUCCUUACGAGGCGACCAUUAAACGUGAAACGCCUGAUUCUUGUCAGAAUGAGCCUGAGACUGAAGUUAAGAGUGACAUGAGCUAUCCUUGUAUGAAUGGCUCUGUGCAGAGUAGUGUGGAGAGUAGUCAGAAACAGGAACUGGAAGUGGACACCUACAACAACAACCAUGACGACGACAAGAUAGAGGACAUGGACCAGGAUGAUGUCGAUGACGACGAGUACGAGUCUGGUGACGACAUGUCAGAAGUGAGCGUCUCUGGUGACGAGCCUAUCUCUAUGUUGAAGAAGGAGCAUGAAAGUGAACACGACUACCGCAACGCGAUGAUGAUGCCAGUGUCGGUUGCCAACUCGAGCGCAGCCAAUAUGGCUGCUCUCUCUCUUGCCCAGAUGGCCCAGCCACUACAUGUGCCCCAGUUACCUCCCCCUCUCAUGACCUACUACCCGGUGAAUGCACGCUUUUACUCCCCCCAGUCAAACUCUUUACCUCAUGGCCCCCCGCCCCACAACUCGCCCCACAAGCAUCAUGAGACAAGGAAGCGUCGCACGCGGGUCUUCAUCGACCCCCUCACAGAGAUCCCCAAACUGGAGAAGUGGUUCCUUGAGGACACGCAUCCCUCGGCGUACAUGAUUGAUAAAUACUGUGAGGAACUGAACAGAUCCGAGUAUCGGGCCAAGUUCCCUCGUCUCGAACCCAAGAAUGUCCAGCUGUGGUUUAAGAACCACCGGGCCAAAGUUAAACGUAUGCGUCUUAGUGCAUGAUUUGGACAGUAUUGUGUUCUUCCAUCCUAUUGGUCAAAAGACCAGUCUCACUUGAGAUUAUUCUAUUCGUCAAGAGGCCAGUCUCUCUUGAGAUUAUGACGUUGAACGUGCAGUCAAUCUGACAUCUAACCAUUCUUCCAGCCACCUCCAUGCUGUGAUGAACACCGAUCCCUGUGACUUGAACUGCAGCCCUGUAAUAUCUUUUGUGUAAAAGAACUGAAAUCAAUUUAGUUAUGAAAUUCUUGAUAAAUGAUGAAUGUGAAGUCAUUAUUUAAUUGGAUCUAAUUAUGUAGUAAACCUGUUUUUUGUUUUAAAUUUGAGGAUGUCUAACUGUAGAUACCUCUUAUAUUUAUUUGAAACGAAUGAUUUUUAUCUUGUUUUGACCAAUCAGAAUCAAGUGCUCUUUGCUGUCACUGAAUUUCCAGUAUAUACUUGAGAUGAAGCUUCAGCUCUAAGAUGUUUGGCUCAUGGCAUGCUUACUUGGCAGAUUGAUUGUAGGUUUAACGUGAUGUGAGUUGUCUCCCCUUGUUGUUGACUGGGAGAUGGGGUGGAAUAUAAGUGUUAGCAAUAAAUACUACAUGCUGGAGGCAGCAGAUGUUAUAGCAGAUAUAUGAUCCAUGCUAUGGUUUGCUUCCAUUGUUAUUGUCUGUUGGUAUGAUCGCACAAGUAACAUGAAUAAUGAUAUUAUAGUCGAACUGAUGAUGUUGCUGUCAGUGAUAUUAUUCUACUUAAUCUCUCAUUUGAUUUGUGUGUUGGUAUCUGAACAGGGUCAGUGUAUUUACUAUAGAUUGUGCCAAACAGCUCAUGAGAUAAUGUUACUGUGACCAGUGCCUCGUGUAAUACAACCAUUGAUUCUGUGCUAAAUAUCAGGCGACAUAAAAAAAAUAAUAUAAAUCUCUAUUUCCACGUAAAUAAUAUAAUAUCGAUAGUGACCCAUCUGCACUGGCAAUAUGGUCCAUUUAAAAAUCAUCUGCCUUAACUGGCAUGGAUAUGUGAAAGCGAGAUUCAUUUACUGAGUAAUUUAGGGUACUGCCCUCAAUCAUGUUUCACAGAAGUGCUUGGAUGUCAUAACUUCCAUUGUUUCACGGGACUUCCGACAGUGUUUCAGUCUGACAGUCAUAAGCCUAGUACUUAGAUAUACAGCAGUCAUACUGCAACAACUAUCAUCAAUCUCCUAGUUUAACAUAGACUUGUGAACUCAUGCUGCUCUGCGGAACAGGGGCCCUGUUGGUUUAAGUAUUUCAUGUCUGAAUUAUUUUUUAAUUCUUGCGCCACCCAACUCCCAUUCUGUUUCUGGGUAAAAGUUCUCUAGACUAAUAUAAGGAGUUGACAAUUUGGUCGAAACUAAUUAAGUGUGUUUGUUUCCAUUAAGUCCAUAAAAUGUUCAUUUUGUACCCACUCCAAGCACUGUCCACGUACAUCCGCACUGUGUCAUGUCUGCAACAUAUCUCAUCGUACACUUAAACUGAUCAGUACUCAUCAAGAGGAGAAUUACUUAACAUCUCACCAGAUGUUACAUGUGUUAAUUUUGUUCUUACAUUUAUAACAUUUGAUACCUACGUUUGGUAACUAAAUAUUUGUGUGUGAAUGGUGUAUGUGUCUGAGUGUGUGAGUGCGUGCGUGUCACCAUCUCACUGCAAGUAUCAUCGUUUUGCUCCAGGAACCAUUGUGUUGGAGUCAUCCUGCUACUUCCUCGUCGUCCCACCCAUCUUUCUAUAAUGUUUUGUGUCUUGAAUGUACCUAUUGUCUAGCUUGUAAUGUUAAACAAUUUGAGCUGUAAAGAUACGAGUUUGAAAUAUUUCUGUUUCGACUUGCAUCCCCUGGUUUGAAGUUGAAUGUCAGUGUAUGAAAUAUCUCCAAUAUGACUGACUAUCACACCUCAAUAGCACUAUCCCCAUAACUAUAUUACCACUUCAAAAGGAAAGCGCUCAAAAGGAAAAUACGAAACUAAAAUUAGUUAGGGAGAUGUGGGCUAGGGAUGAAGAUCUGGCAUCAGUUUGGAACUGUUGAGGGUAGCUGGGUGGACUUCUAUGGUGUGGUUCUCUAUUGGAUGUCGGAGUGCAAUAACAAUAUCAUCAGCAUAUUAUCGGUACUCACCACCUGUUAUUUUGGUUGGAUCACUAGAUCUGUUGUUUGUUGCUGUUAUUUUGUAUUAUGUUAAAUUAGAUUUUGUACUCUACGCAAGCUUUUUGACUAUCAGAAACGAUAUGACUCAGAAAACUACCAUUAGAAAUUAUUACAGUAUUGGACCAAAUACUAACCUUGACUAUCAGGAAACAGUAGGACUGGCCAGGGCAGUUAGAAAUAAAAACAUCUGUCCAAAUACUGACCUAUCUGAGAUGGGACAUUACAGAUUUUCUUCACAUAAGCAUUAGGGAAUAACAACUCUUCAUCAUGUUUGUGUCUUACGUACGCAAUCAGAGAUCAAAGACCCUUGCUUUUUAAAGUUUCCAGUCAUUACAAUGUUUUUGUGGUAACUUCUGCAAAUCCAUAUUUUUUUCUUAAACAAACAAAGCCAAAUUUGAAAUGUGUGUCACCACUGACAGGCCGAUAUUGAUUGCAGAGGUAAGCCUCUCUUUGAUACGUGAAAGAUCAAUGGUAGCUUUUAUGUCUGUAGUUCUGGGAUUGACGAACAAUGCCGCACUGCAGAUCUUCUCAGAGGAUUAGGUUAAGCCGAGGAUAAUCACCAGGGAAAAUUGUGUAUUGAUUUCCCUGGCCGUGCUAAGCUUUAAUCUGCUAGAUUACAUGCCCAGUAAGGAGUGACAUGUUCACCACACAGCAAUCAAUAUCGAGAGAGGAGGCACGCACACAUGGAAGGUUUGGGCUCUCAUAUCCUGGAGACACAGCCAGUUAUUACUUUGUAUUGUAGGGGAUUUGGGCAAACAAAGACUUUGUUAUUUUAAACAUGUUGAAUUAUAUCAUUUAUUUGAAAGGAAAUUUAUUUUACUGUGGUUAAAUUCAUAACUUUGUAAAUAUAUAUGUCAAUUUGGGAAAGACCUCUUUUAUUCCCUCAUAACGGAAAUGGAUUCUAUAUUGUAUGCAUAGUUACAUGCAUUUCUGGACCCUUUUAUUGUACAUAAGUCGUAUGGACUAUUAACUCACAGUUGCCUGUGAGAUACGGUUCUUGAAGCUGUGGAAAUGUGCAGUCUUUAUACAAUGUCUCUCUAAAAUCUGUCUGAGGGUGCCCACCACCCUGUAUCAUGUCUCGGCAAUGCUCAGUAGAUUCAUCCUACCAGGCAGUAUUACCUUGGGGGUGGGGCAGAA